AUGCUGAUGCACUAGGAUUAACAGAUCCAAAGCUCUGCUACAUUCUGGAUGGGAUCCUUUUAAUAUAUGCUAUAAUCAUCACAGCCCUUUUCAUGAAAGUAAAGCUAGGUAAUCACCCUGCUGAAUCCAAACCUUCUCAAAAUCCAAAUGACAUAUAUAAUAAACUAUCUUCUGGUCACAGAGAUGAAUAUGAUUCGCUGGGAGUAAAAAAAUCAGAUAUGGACCUUGAAAUGGCUGGGGAAAACCAGCGCAGAAGAAAGAAACCUCAGGACAAAGUUUACACUUCCCUACAGCGGGAUAAGAUGGGUGAAGCAUAUAGCGAAAUUGGAAAGAAAGGAGAGAGACACCGUGGCAAAGGCAAUGAUAUUCUUUAUCAGGGGCUCAGUCCAGCAACAAAGGACACCUACAGUGCCCUUCAAAUGCAGCAAAUACAUCCUCAUUAGCUACAACUGAAUCUAAAAAGGAAGAAAAAAAAAGACAUUCUUUAUAGGGGAAUGGUAGCAACCAAAGACAACAGUCCAUUCCAGGAAAGCCAUUGCCUUUUAUGAAGAAUGCCAUUGUAUGGUCAUCAAAACCCAUGUUUCAUUUCCAAAUAACAUCCAGUUUUUUAAAUGUACAUAAGUGUAAAGACUCUGCUCAGUGUACAGUUGCUCAAAUUUAGGAGUAGAAGUUGUGAUUGCUAUUUCACUGUAUAACUAAAUAGGAAAAAUAUUUUUUCUUCCUCAGCUGAAAGAUGCUUCCUUCUGUACCAUCAGGCAUUUAGAUACCAGCAGAUUCCCUUUCUCUAUAGAUGUUUUCUAAUGUGUUCUUAUUUGAAGGUAGCUGGGGAACUUUUUGGGGAGGGGGAGGGAAGAGAAUAUAUUUUGUAAAUGCAUCCUCACUGUCUUUGAUAAAAUGCAAUCUUUCCCCACUCCCCAGGAAUUUAGAUUACAACCUCUAUCAGUCCUAACAUUGGGGCUGGUGGUGAAGGAUGACAAGGACUGUUUCAAAACUUUUCCAGCUAUAACUUCCAAACUGUUAAGUAGUUAGUUUGGACUUAACUGAAAGUAGACACCUUCUUAUGUUUAAGAGGACAGUGAAAAAGAAACUUGUUCAGAUGGUGCUUUGAAUUUCAGGGUAUGAGAAAACUGAAAGUUCUGUCCAUGCGCUUGGAUAAUUUUCCACAAAUUGUAAAUUGCUUUAGCAUUACAAAGCUAACAGUCUUUACUAUUAGGUUUGGGUGAAGUCUGAAAGCAAAAUAAAAAAAAAAAGGACACAGAACUACAAGCACAUUUAAUAAAGCAAUUAAAACUGGUUUGGGCUUACAAUUAAUUCUGUUGAAGAACAAAGGACUCAAUUUUGAAUAUUUAAGAUUUGUUGCAUGUCACUAUAUAGUAAUCAUGAAAAUGGUCUUGUGCUAUGAGGAAAUGGACCAGUACAGUCUGUGUCUGUCUUCCCAUGAUUAAAA